CAGAAAGGGCGCUGCCUAGGCUCUCGCAAAAACGAGAGGCCAGUAAGUAGCAAUUUUAAGACCACAUGGCGCCCACUGGUGAGGAGCUCGAGAAGCAGGCCGCGGCCCUCCGCGAGUCCAACCCCGGCAACCGCGCCGCUAAGUGAAUAGCAGCGUCCCUUUCCUUGCCUCCCGGCACCGGGCACGCAUCGCCCCGUCCGCCGCCGCCGCGGCGCCGUCGGCCGGUGGCGCUGUGCUCUCCCACGGCCGGGGGCUGCCCCUCCCAGCACCGGGCGUGCAUUGCUUCGCCUGCCGGCGCCCCGUCGGCGGCGGCACGGAUCUUGGCAAGCGGGCGCUGGGAGCACGCCGUCGACGCGGCGGUGCCCGACGCCGCAGCGCCGCGCAUUGCUUUGUCCGCCGCUGCCGCCGCGAUAACGCAGAACGCCCCGCCUCAUGCCAUGCACACGCAGGUACUUCGACCAGGCCUACUACGACGGCUUAAGUGAUGAAGACAAGGAGACCUUCUACAAGUGCAUCAAGACGGGCUUCGACAACGCCGACUCCGGCAUGGGCUGCUACGCCAUGACGCCGACGGACUACACGACCUUCGCGCCCUUCUUCGCCAAGGCGAUCGGCGACUACCACAAGGGCGACCCGGCCUGCGCCGAGAAGCACGAGAACGACUGGGACAUUUCGGGCGUCGGCGAGGGCGGUGUGCUGGACCUCCAGAAGCUCGGCCUCGCCGAGGAGCUGUCCAUGCGCGUGCGCGUCGGCCGGAACCUCGCGUCGUUCCCGCUCCCGGGCGCCAUGACCAAGGAGGACCGCAUCAAGUUCGAGGUGACCAUGACCGGCUCCUUCGACGCCUUGAAGGAGAAGUUCGGCGGCACGGUCUACUCCUACUCGCCCGACCUCGGCGAAGGCGUCGAGCACCCGAACAAGAUCGACGAGGAGAAGUACAACGAGCUCGUGGCGGCGCACGUCAUGUUCAAGGACAUGGCGGCGGACACGUACCUCGCGUCGGCGGGCAUCGCCAACGACUGGCCCUACGGCCGCGGCUGCUGGCAGUCGGAAGAUAAAAAGAAGAUCGUCUGGUUCGGCGAGGAGGACCAGCUCCGCAUCAUGGUCAUGAAGAAGGGCUUCCUCCUCAACGAGGUCUUCAACGAGCUCAAGGAGCUCUUAGAUGCGGUCGAGUCCAUCGAGGGCGUCGACUUCGCGAAGGACGACACGUACGGCUACGUCACGUCGUGCCCGACGAACCUCGGCACGGGCAUGCGCGCGUCCGUCCACGUCAAGAUCCCGAACCUCACGUCCGACGGCACGGACGCCAAGGCCAAGGAGAUCGCGGGCCCGCUCGGCCUCAGCGUCCGCGGCACGGGCGGCGAGCACACGCCCAUCGGCGCCGACGGCACCGUCGACAUCUCGCCCUCGGCGCGGCUCUUCAUCAAGGAGUCCGCCAUCGUCCAGGCCCUCUACGACGGCCUCAAACUCCUCCUCGACGCCGAGAAGGCAGCCGCGCCGGCCGAGGCCUAGGCACGCGCGCUCCUCUCACCGAGUCCUCUCUCCCCUAACCCGCGACCGUGACACCUAACUAUUUCCGGACGA